GGCGGGCUCGCCGUUUGCCGCCCCAGUGUCAGUGCAACCGCCACCGCUGCACGUGCCGACCCCCACCACGCGGAUGAGGUGCCCCAUGCGGUGCUCGCCGCCCGGAAAUGGGGAAUGGCAUGAACAAGGUGCUUCCAGGGCUUUAUGUGGGGAACUACAGGGACUCAAAAGAUGCCCAACAACUGCAAAAGUACAACAUCACUCAUAUUUUAGCAAUACAUGACACUGCAAGACGGAUACAUUCUGACAAGCAUUAUCUGUGCGUUAUGGCUUCCGAUUCCCCAGACCAGAAUCUAACCCAGUACUUUUCAUUGUGCAACGACUUCAUACACGCCGCCAGGUUGAGAGAGGGAAAUGUGCUAAUUCACUGUCUUGCAGGAAUGUCAAGAAGUGUGACUGUGUGUGUGGCAUACAUCAUGUCGGUGACGAACCUCAACUGGAAGGAAGCUCUCAAGGUCGUAAGGGCUGGAAGAGCAGUGGCCAAUCCGAAUAUAGGAUUUCAGAAACAGCUUGAGGAUUUUGAUUCUACAAGGUUGAUGGAGGAACGUCGUCGCUUGAAAGAGCGCUAUCCCAGUCUGGCGCUGGUCUACAGAGACCAAGAGCAAUGCGCCAUAAUGCUGAACAACUACGAGAAACUGCUCCAAUCGCGCACGAUCUGCGAAGGCCGAUGUGUGAUGGGCGAACACUGCCCCACGGGAGUUUGCAGACCAGGAAGCGGCCAACAACAAGGUCAGAGGAGGAGAACCAGGUCAAGGUCGGAGAUGAGGAGGAGUCCUAGUACGAGUAGCACGGCGAGUAGUGUUAGUGUCGGAAGUAGGCCGAGGUCUGGACCUGCAGGACUUAGAGGUUACACAGGUUCCGCUCCACCUUCAAGAUCAUCAUCCCGCGUAGACAUCUCGACAGCAGGCGCUAGCAGUAGUGAAGGGGGUGGUGCCCUAACAGCCCCUUCCAGUCCAUUUAACACCCCUCCAGUGUCUCCGAAACGUCGUAGUACCGUCGCCAGGGUCGUGUCAGUACCCCUGGCUCUCAAAGAGGAUGACCAUGAUUUAUAGCCUUUCAAUGCAUCAUUCGUACCUGGAGUACAUCACCAGUUUGGAGUUGUUCAUGACACAUUCGUUUAAGAAUCAGUAGUAUUUUAUAAUAUUUAUUAUGAAAAUUUUAAUGUCUUGGAAUAAUCCACCCAGAAUAAGAAAAGUCUUCGGCAAAGAUCUGGUUAAAGAGAUUUUUAAACACUAUUGGUCGAAAUAUUAUAUAUAAUAAUAAUACUUGAUAAUGGGCUCUCGCUGAUGAAGAACAAAAGGAAUAUGGGGCUGUGGCUAGCAUUUACUGAUUUCAGCUUUGUUUUUCAUAGCCUUCUCUUAUUGGAACUAAGGGCAGUUUUGCAUAACUUUGUGUUCGUUUUUCGGAAAACAUAAAUGUUAAAAUUCACAAAAAUAGGACAUGACUCUAGCGAUCGUUUUGGUUUGCUUUUUAUUUUUCUCUAAGCCUUAGAGGAUUGUUGAGCCUUAUAAUUUUUCUUUGCUAAUUCCUGAGCCAACCAAACCAGUUUCAUUUUCUAGGAAGGUCCCUAAACUAAUGGAUCAUAGAGACAACUGAAAACUCGUCCAUUAUAUUUAUAUCAAAAAUGUAAUUGUUUAGAUUAGAUAAUUGAUUUCAGGUAGUAAGAAAAGUAGUUACAUGUCCAGAGUACAUAAUGUUCGUCCAAACCUGUCGAUAAUUUUUUUGUUAAAUCAUAUUAGUAUUAUGAAAAUGCCAUUGAAAUUGUAGCUAAAUCAGUUUAGAUGUCAUGCAGUAUGUCAUACUUUAUUAUCGAUGAAAACUUUGAGCAAUUGACCAGAGACAAGAAUAAGAAAAAGAAGAGGACGCAUGUCUUCUAUAACAUAUUCUUGCACGUAUGCGAUGUCUUGAAUGUCUUCAUACAUAUUUAUUAAAAUGAUGGUUAAGAAAUAUUUUUUCAUAUGAUGCAAUUCUUUGGUGAAUGUCAAACAUAUCGAGUGUUGAAUUACCUACCAUAAUUAUAUAUUUAUACGUGUGGUAUGAAGACUAAUAAAUAAAUAGGUACAUACAUACCUUCCGGUUAGAAGAGAAGCAAUAUUGCGUUUUCUUUUUCUUUUUUCUGGUCAAUAUUCAUUCUCGAUCAAUUUAUUUGUUGCAAAUAAAAAAGUUCACAUUAAAACUCCGCAUCAAAAAGAACAUGGGCGCUUGAUCACACAUAGCAAGGUUUCUGACAACACAGAUUAAAUGAGAACCUCGUGAAGCUCAUUCAAGUAAUUGUUGUCCGAUUGUCACGAUUUGCGGAUGAACACUUCGCGAGGUUUUUUAAAAAAUUGGCGAUUCAACAUGCUAACAUGCUAAAGUUGUUCCUCAUUAGAUCACUGUUUGUACGGUGAAAAUUUGCUUAUUUUAUCUUUCGGUCUUAACUCUUUCGAAAUAUAUAGGGUGUCCCAGAAUAAUGUCAAUCUCUCGUAUAGGUAUAGAGCACAAAUUUGCUACGGAAUAUAUGAACACUAGUGUAAAUAGGUUUUCCACUGAUAACUUUUGAUCGCCACUGUAACUUCAACGAAUUUUUGAUAGCUUAGUGACCAGUUAGUGUCAAUGGAUUGUUUGAUGUCGAUAAAAUAACAAGUCGCUAAUUAGGAAUCUGUUAUCAGAGUUACAACAUUUUCAAGUGUCAAAAUUAAUAGAACUGUACAGAAACAAGAGCGGUUUUAUCAUUUGUUCAGCUUAAAGAUAAAGCUUUCGAGAAAUGUUAUCGUAGUGCCAUUGUGAUAUACAGGAUGUAAGGUUAGUAGUGGAUCAACGGAAGUCAGGUGAUAGAGGGCCUCAAAACUUAUCGAAUGAACCCCUAUAUGUGUGGUCCGAAAUUUUAUAGUUCAGAGGAUAUUUGAGAUUUUGUGAAAUUUCGAAAAAAACACGGGAUAAUGAACUUUUAACCGCAAUUACAACUAAUUAGGUUUAGGGCUGUGACUUUUUUCUGAGAUGAGCUAAAAGGUUAGUUUUAGCAAUGGUUAUGCCACUUUUUAACUGAGCUUAUUACAUGUAGAUAUCAACGCAAAAAAUCUUAAAUUCAUUUUCUUGUGAAAAAUCUUUUCCAUCCCUCAACUUUCAAGUGCGUUAAAAAAAUGAUGUAUAGAUUAUCCCCUUAUAAAACCCCCUUAUAAAAAUCUAGAGGAUUUAAAUCGGGUGACCUUGGAGGCCAUUGUAUGUGUCCACCUCUACCUAUCCAACGCCCAGGAAAGGCACUGUCUAAGUAAUGCCGUUCAUCCCGUGCAAAGUGGCAUGGGUCACCACCGCAUUGAAAAUACAUCCUCUACCAGCUCAUGCAAACUGCUUUGUAGAAAAUCAAGAUAUGACUGACCAUUCAACCUGACGCGAAAUUCAUAUGACCCGAUUAAUUUUUUGUUGAGUACACCAGUCGAUGAAUUAACGCCCAACUAACGUUGAAAGCUGUGUCGGCGAAUAGCGUGAGGAUUUUCCACGCUCCAUGAAUGGAAAUCGUGCAUGUUGGAUAUUCCAUUUCGGUUAAAGUUGGAUUCAUCUGUCCAUAAGAUGCUGUCGAAGAAGGUUUCAUCCUCUUCGCACCUUCUUCAAAAUUCAACCCGUUGUGUUUCUGCUUCGGGCAAUGGUUCUGGUAGAUACGAGAUAUUGACAUGUUAAUCGGCGACACCCUGUAUACAAUUAUCCAUACGAUCGGGCCUAGUGGUGUUCAAGCUUGUAUCUCUAUCUUUUUAUACAAAUUAAUAGAAAGUUAGGAACUCGGGGAUCGAGCGCCCAAAUUUGCUAUGACAUAUGACGGUCAGGCAAUUUGAAUAAAGCGUGAAUGUAUUACAGCUCAAACGCUAAUUGUUGUAGAAAGUAUUUUUAUAAAACCAAAACCACAUCAUGAUGUGAUAGAAAAAAUGCCUGUUGGCUGUAACAUGUAGCAGUAGCACGCUUUAUAAUCGCGCCUUAGCCAAUUAUAUUAAACUAUAGGAAAUACAUGUUCAGCUACUAAAUAUGCAAUAACGUGUAUUAUAAUAUAAAAAUAAUAAUUAUUCAUUGAGCAAUUAAAAAUUUAAGGGUAAGUUUAGGAUGAUGGCAAUUGGACAAAUAACAGGUUGUGAUAUAUCAAACUUGUCGUGAUAAUAGUAGGUAAAUAAUUACAAAUAUUGGAAUUUUUAAAUGGUGCAUUAUUUGGAACUGAUAGUGCAAAUCGUGUGCAUGGUCUGUUGAGAUAUUAUAGUUAAAACUCUUCUCGAAGAAAUGAAUGAAACUGAUGUAAGACUACAUUUUCCAAACUCAAAAUAUUAACGAACAAUGUCUAUAUUGUUCCAAAAUGCAGUCACUAAACGAAUAUAUCAAGGGGUUCGUAUAUACUGAGAAGCAAAUUUGUCUGACGGCGUGAGUUCAAUGUGUACGGGAGAGAAGUGUGUAUAGACACAUAUGUUAGACAGAGAUAGAAGCUGGCGCGGCGAUGUACCGCGUUGCCAAUAUGUUACACCAGUUCCUUGAAUUAAGAUACAUGUUGAAAAUAUGCGUUAGUUUAUUCUCUAUGCCCAAAUAAUUGUUUUAUUUUGAGCGUACACAUUUUUGAAUUGUGAAUUGUGUCAAAUCGGUUUAGGAUCGAUUCCGGAUCGGUCCUAAUGGCGCUCCAUUUUAGGUCGAAAUGAAAGGUCACGAUUGUCACACAUGAUCAUAGAUGACCGAUUUUGCUCAGUUCCCAUCUAGCGCUCAAUGGGGAUUGUCGUCCUGCUUCGAUAUAGUUUUCACCUGCGUACACACAGGCAGUGAAAAUUCAUAUUGCGUAAUGGUAUUUGUUACAUCUCUCGCUGUUGCGAAAUGUAACAAUGACUCAGAAUGUGUUGAUUUUAUCACCAUCGGUGGAAAUCAAAGAUAAUGCUGGAGUAAAUUAAAACACUAAGUCGCAUUAAAAUUGAAAUAAAUAGUUCUAAUCAAAAUAAAAACAAAAUAUUGAAUUAUAGGUUCGAACAUACCUCCUUCUUGGGUUUGACAGUAACUUAACCUAUUUUAGAAGCUGUCUGGUGUAACAUAUUGGCAACGCGGCAGAUUGCAUGACCUUCUGCGUCACAUCAACAUGUGUUGUUACACACUUCUCAGGUACACAUUGAAUUCAAGCUGUCAGAAAAACUUGGUUUUCGCUGUAUGCUACUUUCUGAAGGCCCUGUUUUAAUUUUAAUAGGCGAUAUGGCGAUCAGAUAAUGUACCAUUGCAUUUCAAUUCUAGUGACACUGCUUAAGCAAUCCAUCCCUACUUAGUGAUUAGGUGUUUGUUUGUUAUCACGUACCUGAUACCAUAUUUUUGUUAUAGUUAGUAUAAAGUUAAUCGUAAAUCUAGAAGAACAACAGUUUCCCUGCUCACGGUUUGAUUGUGAAAAAAUAACAUAUCUUCGGUGUCAAUCUAUUUUUGUUGAAUAUAUUGUGUCUAGCAUUUUUGUAAUUUUAGCAUAUUUUUUUCUUUUUUUGUGAUUUAGAUGUGAGUUCACCCGGGAGAAUAUUGGUUUCUAUAUAAAGCAUACCUUUUAGGAUUUACAUGAUAUUCCACUAAACUCCAUUUGGUUCUCAAUCUGCUUGUUGGAAUUUUCGUGUACAUAGGUUCCUUGGAUUGGACCAACAUUGGGGGAAAACAUUUAGUAAUUCAGUGAGGAACACAAAAUGUAGAAGACUUGUAAGGUAUACGCGAAGAAGAUGACGAAGCAAUUCUUAUUGUGACAAAGAAUCGUUCAUUUCGGCUGCUCGGAGUCCAGAUCACCGAGGUCUUGAUUUAGCACACACACGCUCAUCAAUAGCAACCGCUUCUGGGAAAAAGCUAGGCUAUUUGUGAAGUACUUUGCCCUACAAGACCUUCUCACUCUGUACAAUGUCCAGAUAAGACCUAGCUUCGAGUACUGCUCACAUGUUUCGAGGUGCUUUUCUCCGGGUACAUUAUGCAUGCUCGAUGCCGAGGAGGGCUGUUUGACUGAUCGAUGACUCUUCCCUAAUGGACAGUCCCGGAACCCUUCCGCACCAAAGGGCCGUCCGCGAUCUAGCUCUCUUCUACCGCUACGCCAACGGGCUUUGCUCCUCAGAGCUCUUCUCCAGGAUGGCUGAAUUUGUUCUCCUAUCCUCACCGUGUCAGAAGUGGCCGAUAUGGCGGCUCCUUUGUUCAUAGGGCAUAGUGAUUGUGGAACAAUCUACCUGAGGAUGCUUUUCCCAGUUCUCCUCAUUGCAGCCGCGAUGUCAUGGCAUUUAGGAUUCCGCUUGCGCGGCUGCUUCGGUAUAAACAAAUAAAAUUGGAUAUGGCAGCCAUCCUCACAGAUGAUAAUGACGUAAAAGUCGAAACGAAGUUAGUGUUGAUGAGAGGUAUUGUGUUAUUAGUGGUAACCAUAAUAUUUAUGUAUUAAUUAUCAGAAAAAAAAGCAGUAACGGCUUUGGAAACAAAAAUUGCAGCAUCAUAUUUCGGAUGAUGCAAGCCAAUAAAAUACUUUAUAUAGCUCCCUCUUGUAGCAACGCUAUGCGUUUUCAUCUGUUUUAAAAAACAAGGUAUGCCAUAUACAGAAAUCCUCAUAACAAGGAUUUAGGACAGCAUAGAUGCUAGGAAAAGUCCCAGUGAGUUACAUUUAUACAGAACGUGGGAUCAUGGAGAUUUUAUAAUAACAUAUUGAAAAUUUUAUAAUAUUAAAAUAUUAGCAAUAUAUGUGGUGCAUUAGUUACAGGGCGUAGUCACAGAAAACUAUACUAUUAAUACAGAGUAUGUAUGUAGUGCUAAGAAUCUGUACACAACAAUCAGUAAAUUAAGUAACUAAUCAGUAAAAAGCCUGCGAUAAAGGAGCAUGCUAACCAGAUCAAAAAAUAUAAUGUUAAAUAGAAAUGGAAAGGCAACAGAUUCUGCAUUAAAGCUUUAGUUAUUUGUGAUGUCACGUCUCUGAUUACAGUUUAAAGUUUUAGCACGUUGUUAAAGAUAUUUUAUAAAAGGCAGAAAUAAAACAGAAGUAGAUAUAUCCUAUGUAUGAAAGCACAGUUAUAUUUAUCAUAGUACGAUUAUGAGAGCCUGACUCCUAGCGAUUUCAAUGAGCGUAUGAACAAGUACCGUUGGUAUACAAAAUUAUGCGGACUUUGGAAUCUCUAGGGAUCCAAUUUAUAAUAAAUUAUUUGUUCAUCAAGACCAACGAAUUCGAAUAGAUUAGAAGAAGCCCACCCUAUAUGUUUGCAUUGCUUUGUUUGUCACCAAAAUUGCCUAGUUUUAAAACAUACUUAUGACUCGUUUGUCUACCAAAGUGACACCGUUGCAUCAACAUAGUAAUAAUACUAAUCGGUGGAAACAUCUACCUUCAUUAGGCGUGUGCCGCCCUUUGGAAAUUUUGUAAGAAGUGCCAUGUCCUGAAAUCGUCUAACAUUACAAUUAUCUGCAAACACUCGCACUUUUAAAAAUAACACUAAAAAUGUUAAUUUAAUGACAUAACUGUCAAAAAAUUGACAUGUGCACUUUGCUCCCUACUACUACAGACUAUGAGCAUUAGGAGGCAAACAAAUCCUUGAUUUACUCCUUCUACCUAGUCUGAAUUCGUUGAUCAAGACAGAAAGUAGUGUAUCUAAAAUUAAGUUCAUUUAUUUAUUUUUUUGUUUGUUAAUUGGAGUUACAAGAAGUUUUAUCGAUAUUACGCAUUAGGCAAUAAGUAGAUUCCUUUUUUGACUAUCGAGAAAUGUGAAGGAUGCAUUAAAAAGUUGUGUUGUUAGAUGUUGAUAACAAUUAUAUUAUCAUGCAUCUUUUCUUGUUUUGUUUCAAGUCAAUAUGUCAUAUUUUUAUUGAAUCACUUCACGACACAGUGUAUUGCACUGCCCAGAAAUGUCUCGGUAAUAUUUAGGGCAAAGUUGGGUAAAUUGUGCCAUAUAGCAGAUUUUGUGAAAUAACUCGUUAAUGGCUUACUUGAAUUGAACGGGAAUUCAAAGUAAAAUAAUUUAUCAUGUUUUCAUUAAAAUGCAUAGCUUAAAACGUAUGCAAAUACUGAGGGUUUAAAAUGAACUUUUUGAAAAAAUGUUGCAAACGAAACAAAAUCUAUCGAACGGGUUCAUUAAAUUAUACCACACGCGGUUCCUAAAUUUUACCUUAUCAUUGUUAAUUAAACGAAUUGAUUAGCCAACUUACACACAUAUAUCAUAAAUGUGGUGAGGCAAAUCAGUACCAUAACGAAUUAACUUAAGAUAUCAGUCUAAAUCAAAAAGUGUCAUUCAUUGAACUUAAAUCACCGAUUUGGAGCACAUUGGGUAAAACAGAAAUAUUAUCAUAACAAAUAAUUGACAAUAUUUGUUUAAUUUAAGAACAAAUAUCGCAAGUAUUACACAUUGUUUGUACCUGACUAUAUCCCCUAUAAGAUAUUCAUGUACAAUUCAACAGACCAAACUGUGAUACAAAUUACCGAACCGGUUUGGUUAAGACUAAUUUUUAUUUCCUUCUAAUAAACUGAGGUUAGGGGUUAAAUUUUACCUGCCAAAGAUCUUGUAAAAUAAUCAACAAUUACGAAAAAUGCCACCUCAACUAGCAGACUGCUUAUUUGGACACACAAGCUUACCUAUUUAAUUCUUACUGCGAAAACACGUCUCCAGAAACUUAUUAUUAUUACUUAUUACAUAUUGAUGUCAAUGGGACUCAAAUAGGCUAAAGAGUUAGCUUUAGAAAGUAGUUUAGAGAAUAUUGAGGUGAUACAAUAAUUUAAAAACCGGUACAGUAUACCCGACGUUCCUCUAAGUCUUAGGAGAUGCUGGUCAAUUUAUUGGAAGCUUCGACAAAGGAUUCUCAUCCUUAUAUUUUUGUGACAUUGUAAUGAGAGAAUUGAAAUAAUAUUUAUCAGUAAUCAUUGUUUUGUUACAUUACUGUCUUGAACAAAUAAACUGUUGGAAUUGACAAGUUAUAAUA